GAGCAAAUACAAACUAUUUUUAUUGUUGAUUUAAGUUCAUGCAUUGGAACUGUAUCGAAAUUAAUAUCUAAGGCUGUAUGUAAAGGCAGUUAGAAAUAUGCAAUAUUUUUGCAAGUAGUGAUUUCUUUGAGUUCUAUGACAUUGCGUGUUGAGUUGUAUUAGUUGUCAAAAUCAUUUGUGGCCGAUCAGCAAACGUUGGCGACAGCAGGCAGAUUGCAAACGUUUUGCAGUGUUUAUCAAUAUAGUUUAUUAUAAUAUUGUGCUAAUUGUUAAAGCGGUGUAAGGUCUGCAAAGCUGAAAAGCUAUUGCUGGUGAUGGCUUCAUAUAUGAAAUUGUUUGAAGACUUUUUGCAGCGUAAAGAAUGUGAUGGCAGUCGCACAGCACUUGCUGCGUCUGAAGACGAAGAUGUAGAGCAACCGAAUACCAAUCCUGAGUCAAUUAGUGGAACUAUUAAUGCUAUCAGUAGCGGUGGUGGUGGCGACAAUAAAAUGGAGCAUAGUUAUACGCGAGACAACACUCGGGCUAUAGGAAGCGUUAGCACCGGUUUGUCACCGGCUAGGACAAUUCUAGUUCGACGUACGCCACAGUGCCCUUCUUGCCAUACCCAUCCACUUGAAGAGCAUGAUUUUGAUGACUGCAACCAGGCAAAUGUGCCUUCGUACAAUGAAAUCGGAGCUAAAGAAGCCAUGAAUGAGUGCUCUCGUAUUGCCAAAUACGUUAAGAACAAUAAUCCUGACGAUGAUGACUGGGAAUUACAUGUUAAUCAAAUUGGAUGGAGUAACAUGCAAAAGACCCUUUUUAGUAAAGUUGCAAAUAUUUUGGACAAUGAUCAGUUAGGACGUCUGGCGAAUGUUAACCGACAAAACGAGCCAAUGCAACGUCGUGUUGUAGUCGAUAAGUCAGCUAGUCGUAUGCGUAGGGCUCUAGCAUAUGUCGCUUGGGAUUCACGUCUCACACAAUGGUUGCAUUGUCUGCUAAUGGAUUCUUUGCCAUCGACUUACAUGGCCUCAUAUUUAGAUAUUUUACAAACUUUAAAAUCAAAACUACCAACCCUGAUGGAUAAAAUGCUAUUUGGACGGCCACUAAAUGUAAGCCAAGAGCUCUUGGCCCCGGUAAUGAAGAAUAAAUGGGAGCCCAUUGUUAAUACGAAAGUGCGCAAACUAACACAGAAUGCAGUUAUUGUUGCUUUGCCCUCUGUACCUACCAGUGGUCCAAUACCAAAUAGGCUUCAAAAAUGGUAUCAUCAAUUGGCAAGCAUAACGCAGAUUGUACAAGUAACACUUCCUUCAAAUGUAAGCCAUAUAACUCGGCAGCCAUUAGAGCAAGUUGCUGAACAAAUAGUCUCACUUACAAGGGUAAAAAUACAGGAGCUUCGGAAUGAGAACUCCCAACGUAGCAUCAUAUUGAUAGGUUUUAAUGCAGGUGCUGGUCUAGCUUUGCAAGUGGCUGUAUCAGAAAAUGUAGCAUGCGUGGUGUGCAUGGGGUUCGCAUACAAUACAUUUAACGGAGUGCGUGGUACUCCAGAUGACCGAAUAUUGGACAUAAAAAUUCCAAUUCUUUUUGUGAUUGGUCAAAACUCGGCGAAAACCAGCACGGAAGAAAUUGAGUCACUACGUGAAAAAAUGCAGUCGGAAACUUCUUUGGUGGUGGUGGGGAGCGCUGACGACGUUUUACGUGUUCCUAAAAGUCGUCGCAAAUUAGAUAAUGUUACGCAGUCUAUGGUGGACGCUAUGGUUGUGGAUGAACUUUAUGAGUUUAUUAAAAAAAUGCUAACAAAUCCGCCUGGACCACGUGUGCCUACCACAAUUACAAGUUUAGUACAUACUAAGCAGGGACGAAAUGCAAUGGGUAAUAUCUCCAGUGGAAGUAGUGCUGAAGGGAACACCAAGGUUGGAGCUAUACAACGCAAGCGUAAGAAUGACGCUUUGAGCUCUGACCAAGAUCAGACGCCGACGAAAAGCAAAUGUGUUCAAUCAAACAAACCAAGAAAAGUAAAAAUCCCCGACCCGUUGCAAGUGAAGCGGAAGGUGGGUCGUCCGCGCACCCGACCCUUGAAUGUGCCGAGCUCUGCGCCAGCCAAGGUUACGCAGGCGACAUUGAAGGUUGGCUCCACUAAGGCAACUCAACAACAACAAAAGAAGUCGCAGAUAUCACCUAGCUCUUCUAUCACUAACGAUGAUCUCAACAUGGCCAUACAAUCGAUAUUGGGCGAUUCAAAUGAAGAGGACGGUUCGAUACUUAAUUCUAGUACAGAAUCUUCCCAACGAGCACAGAAACUUGUGACGAACUAUGAAAUUGUUGCACCAUCAAAGUCGACUCCAAUAAAAACAGCAUUAUUAAACCCUCUGCAAAAGCAGGUGCUCCCAGCUGGUGCUAAAAUAAAGAUGAUACCAUCAAAUCAAUUCGUACAACUCAAACCGCCGCUGCAAUCACAAUCGAAAAUCUAUACAAUUAAGACCGCGUCAAUGCAGCAGAACACCGCUUCCGGAAGUACAUCUAUAGGGAGCAUUGUUUCAACAUCGCCAAACUGCAACACUGCAGGACAGCAUCAACAGCAGAUCUUUACUCUUAAGUCUCCGAAUGGCCAAACGACUCAGUUUGUAACAGCCGCACCCCCUGGACAAGGUCAACAAAAAUACACGGUUGUGAAAAAUACAAGUGGUGGCACCACACUUCAACUGGCCGGUGUAAAGACAACGGCUGCGACGAGCGUCUCAGGUGUAUCGACUUCAAAUGUGGACUUAUCAAAUAUCAUAGAUAUGCCAAUUGUGUUCGCUGAUAAUGAUGGCAAUCUCUCUGAUUCUGUAGCUGUAUCAGCUGUAACUACCAAACCAGCUAAUACCUCCGGUGUUGGCCAACUGAUUAUAAGUCAAAAAAUUAUGAAAGAGGCCAAUGCCUCUGCAUCUAAUACCACCGGUAUUAUGUCUACAUCUCCCAAGACUGGGGGUGGUACAUACAUAAUUAAUAAGACUACCGGUAGCCCAGUUUUACAACAUACAAAUCAAACCGCAAAUAAACAAAAUAAAGUAGUUUUCAUCAAUCGAAAUACAAUGAAACCAUGCCCGAACAUCAUAUCUCGAUCAAAUGUUGCACAACAAUUGCCGAAAUAUACCAAAGUUGUUGUUACCAAUCCGAAAACAUCUGCAACAACACUUGUGCCACGUCCAGCAACGCACCUGUCAUCAGCUACGUCCAGUGGUAGCAGCGUUAAUACACCAAUUGUUUCUUCGGUAAAACAAGUAAAUUUGCAGGCAUUAAAAUCUCCAGUGAGCAUUGGUGCUCGUCAGACAUCAGGCAUAUUGAACGUUUCUACAAAGUCUCUACCACAAGUGCAAAUUAUUAGCACAACUGCCGGUGGAGCGGCUAUUACGCCAACUGUGGGCAAUAAUACUAAUACGGGCCCUUCGACAGUAAUAAGUGGUGGCAGCGGUGUACUAGCAGAUCGACCACAUAUUCGAAAUAUUGUUGUAAAACCUGGUGGCUUGAAGCAAAUCCCACCUCAAUUGAAGACGCAGCUACUCAAUCGCAACUUGACGGUACGCAAGUUGGUGAAUAUUGUACCGGCCACAAAGGCAGUCGGUGCUUCCUCAACUUCACCUGGUGUAACAAUAGUAGCGCAAACCACCGCUGUAUCACAGGAUUCCAUUAGUAGUGGGGUCACUAGUACAUCAACGUCUAUUCAAACCUCACCAAAGGUGAUCACUUUAAAUCCGAUCAAUCCCUCGGUUCCCAUAGGAAGCACUGCAUCUGGCAAUAGCAAUAGCGCUGCUGAUUGAUUCUUAUCUUUGGCUUUCUCACCAUAACCCUACGUUAGCGUUUAACUUCGUAGUUCAACUUACCUUUUGUAGCAUAACAAAAAUAUUAGUUUAAAAAAUAUUAUAUUUCAUUCCCACAUACUUAUGUAUAUAAUUUGGUAGUUCAACUACUUCAUACAUAUUCAUACUCCUAAAAAUAAAUUUUUAAAGAAAUUUUA